AUGGGUCAAAUGGCAAUAGCUAUAAGUCGUUUAGAGGCUCAAGUUAGAGGGAAGUUACCUUCUAAAACAGUGGUGAAUCCAAAGGAAAAUGUGAAUGCAAUGACACUAAGAAGUGGAAAGAAAGUGGAAGAACCAAAGCUGAACAUUCCAAGUGUAGCAAAGGAAGUAGAAAUUGAAGAUGGAAUUGAGAAAGAAGAGUCAAAGAACGAAGAGAAGGAUAAAGAAAUUUUGGAGAUGUUUCACAAGGUGGAAGUGAAUAUACUUCUGUUGGAUGUAAUUAAGCAAGUGCCAAGGUAUGCAAAAUUUCUUAAGGAGCUAUGCACCAAUAAGCGGAAGUUGAACGGUGAUGAGAAAAUAAUAAUGGGAGAAAAUGUGUUAGCAGUUUUCCAAAGAAAACUUCCUCCCAAGUGCAAGGAUCCAGGUCCUGUGAAAGAUACUGGUGUUAUUAUCCAAUUGGCUAAUCGCACUAAUGCAUACCCUGAAGGGGUAGUUGAAGAUGUUCUUGUGCAGGUCAAUGAGUUAGUAUUUCCAACUGAUUUAUACAUUAUGGAUAUGGAUGAUUAUUCAUCUCCUGACCCUGCACCUAUCUUACUGGGAAGACCAUUCCGAAAUACAGCUCGGACAAAAAUAGAUGUUCAUGAUGGUACCCUCACGACGGAAUUUGAUGGUGAAGUAAUUCGUUUUAAUAUUUUUUAUGCCAUGAAAUACCCAACUGAUGUUCAGUCUAUUUUUGCUAUUGAUGUUGUUGAUUCUGUUGAUUCCAUAGCACAAGAGAUCUUUGAGCUAAAUAAUGCAGAUGAGUUAGAGGUUGCCCUUACCAAACAUGUGGAAUCAGAGGAGAAAGGAGAGAUAGAGCUCAGUGAAAAAUUGAAGGAGACAGUGGUAGCUUUACAUUCUUUAAAACCGAUUCCAGAAAGGUAUGGAGUUUCUUUUAUAAAGCUGCCUGAUUCUCACCAUAAAUUAUUGCCUUCUAUUUUGCAAGCCCCUACACUGGAGUUGAAGCCAUUACCAGCCCAUUUGAAGUAUAUGUACUAG